UAAUGUUGCCCGUUUGGUGACUACGGAUGGCUGUUUGUGCCAGGCUCUGCGGAGUGGGUCAGUCGCGAAGGUGCCGGAGGCGACAGCGGCAUAACCAGCCGGGUCAGGGCAGCGAUUCCGACAUGGACGAGGAGGAAGGGGAGCGGAUCGUGGGCCAGAGGCAAGGCGACGUCGGCCCGGGGAGCGGCGUCGCCACUGCAGGGCCGAGUGACGCUUGUGAAUAUGGCAGCGGCCAUGUCAACAGAGGAGGCUCUCUGAAUCGCACAAGCACGGGACCUCCGCACCCGCAAUCGGUGGCGGAAUUGCCGCCAGAGCUUCUGGUGGAGAUAUUCUCCCUGCUUCCCGGAACGGCGCUGCCAAGUGUGGCCCUCGUCUGCAGAAAAUUCAGACAAAUCCUCAACACUGAAACCAUCUGGAGAAGGCGGUGCAUUAGAGAGUUUGGAAUGAUGGAGGAUCUGAGGAAGAUUGAAGUGGUAGGAGUCUCUAGCCGGGAACUCUAUGUUAAACGUGUCAACCCACGGGUGAAGUCUGGGCGCUUUAUGAAGCUCCUCCCGGACUACGAGCACAUGGACUAUAGAGACGUGUACACACACUUGCUUCACCCUUACAGACAUAUCUUGGGCUUAUGGCAGCCUGAUAUAGGCCCUUAUGGUGGAUUGCUCAACGUUGUGGUGGAUGGGCUGUUCAUCAUUGGAUGGAUGUAUUUGCCACCUCAUGACCCCCGUGUGGAGGAUCCCAUGAGAAGACGGCCGCUCUUCCGUAUCCACAUGUGGGAGACCAAAAAGGCCACUGUAGAGUGUAUGUAUGGACACAAGGGUCCCCACAAAGGAGACAUACAGACCGUCAAGAAGGAUGAAUUUUCAACAAAAUGUAACCAGACUGAUCAUCACCGCAUGCCCGGAGGCCGACAGGAGGAGUUCAGGACAUGGUUGGAGGAAGAAUGGGGCCGGACACUGGAGGAAAUCUUCCAUGAGCACAUGCAGGAGCUCAUCCUGAUGAAGUUCAUUUAUACUAGUCAAUAUGAUAACUGCUUGACAUACCGGAGGAUCUACCUUCCUCCUACAAUGCCCUCUGAUCUGCUGCAGCCAGGCCUCUUCAAAGGUACCUAUGGCAGUCACGGCUUGGAGAUUGUAAUGCUCAGUUUCCAUGGGACUUCUGCAAGAGCCACCAAGCUCACUGGUGACCCCAACGUUCCUGCAGGGCAACUCACUUUGGAUGUUGACCUGAGCCGGCCCGUGGUCCUCCCAGACUUGGAGCACCAACGCAAAAUAGAGGAACUGUCUCGGGUUGUACUGGGGAUACAUGAGGAAGUGAAGAGGGAAGUCGAACAACAAGCCAAGGGCACCUCUGCCACAGUCAAUGGUGCAGCAGAGGGGGCCUGUGGUGGUGCCAGUGGAGUGGAAGGGGCGGAGGUAGACCAUGGUGCCUGUUCAGACAGCUGUCAGCCUGGCCCCAGCAGCAGCACCAAUCCUCCUGAAGCCCAGCCAUUCGUCCUGCCCCUGGGGGUUAUGGCUCGCAACGAGGUCUACCCUCGCACCUGCAGGAAAUGUUUCAAAAAUGACAAAAAAAAGGAAAUGGGCCCGAAAGAAGAGUUUGGGCAACCUGCAUGCUUCUAUGGGACAGGCCUGAUUGCUGGGCAUGGCUUUACAAGUCCAGAGCGCACCCCAGGGCUCUUUGUGCUGUUUGACGAGGACCGUUUUGGUUUCAUCUGGCUGGAGCUGAAGUCUUUCAGUCUGUACAGUCGCCUGACGGACCAUCUAGCCCACGCUCACGCCCCAAACAUGGAGCGAUUUGAGGCCAUGCUGCACAACAUGCAGUCCUGGACAUCCUGAUGCACCAAGCUUUAAGUCUGCUCAUACAAUGCAUAACAACAACCAUUACACACGAAUCACCUCUGUCCUCCGCUGACAAUAUUACUAUCGUGAGGUCCUUUAUUAUGACCUUUACUCUCCAGGGUCUAUCUAUAUGUGUUUCAUAACCAUUGGGGUUUACUGUCUAAUUAAGCUAGUUAUGUCACCCUGACCUAACAAACCCUCACUCUUGUUCCCAUACAAGCACUUUGAAAGGUCUUUCGAGUCAAUGUUUAUCACCUCACUUCUUUAUGAGCUUAAUCCUCCACUGCAGCAUGAUAACAGGUGACAAGUUUUUAUUUAUUUAUUUAUUCCCUGCAGGAGAAAAGGAAUGAUGUUUCGUACCACUUAUUAUGGAUCAAACUGUAUGUGCCUCUGAUUCUAAAACCAUGUCUGUACUUGGUAGUGCUUGAAGAAGAUAAAGGUGUCCAAUGUAUUCUACUAUAUAGUAUUAUAAUAAUUUCAGCGCCCAACAUAUUGAACUGCAUGCUGCGUUUUAUUUAGAUCUAAUCAUACUACACUCAUAAGCAUUAUCUGGGAAUGUUUUACUUUCAUGAAACAGCAUGCCUUGCUUUUUAAUUUUUUUUUUUUUUUUUCAAUUUUGGCUUUAGUGUCAUCAGAAUUUAGAAAAGACAGCAUCUCAGGUGUUUUUCUCUUUGCCACAAGUCAGUUAAAAACAGGACAAAUUAUUUGUGUAUGACAAAAAUGUAUAAAGUUACAUACAUUUUAUGAAUUUGUCCAAUAGAAGUAGUGAGUGAGUUUUAAAACUGGGCAAUUUUCCAACCACUGACAAGAAAGGACUUGCUGUCUUAUCAAACACUGCAGCUUCAUCAGCCAUUUUUGGACAGACUGAUAUGCUUUUUUCCUUUGAACUUUAGAGAUAUCUUUUUCAAUGAUAUGCUUUGGCUCAUGGUCUUACAUCAAACAUAUUUUCAAUGUCACCACACCUUACAAAAUAUAAUGUAAGUUGGAAAGAUGUAUUGCAAUAGAAUAACAUAACCUAUACAUAAGCUGGAUUUAAUCAAAAUAUCAAAAUUAUACAGUUUAUGUGCUUAUGUAAUUAUGGUCUGAAACAGAAAAUUGUCUUACCUUUGAAAUGUAUUGCAUUUGUUGUUUGUUUAAAUGGCUGACAAAGUGUUUGCCUGGCUAUAUGUCUGCAAAGCUAUCCCCUCCACUUUUCCAAUUUAUUUCAAACGUGAAACCAGGCUUGCUGAACAUUAUACAAACAGCUCAAAGUGCAUCUCAAAGUACCAAGUAAGUGUCUGUAUGUCUCAUUACGGCCUGAUGGUGAUGCCCAGUAGCUUUCUUACUCCAAGUGCACUUUUCUGGGCAAUAUAGCGAAUCAUUCAAAACCACUGGCCAGCACUUUUUUUAUCAGACUGCAGCUUUACUAAAAUCCCCCCCCC